GGCCGCGGUACCCCCGUCCGCCCCUGCCGGCUCCUCCCCGUGCACCUGCCACCUGCCACCUGCCUCCUGCCACCUGCCACCUGCCUCCUGCCUCCUGCCUCCUGCCACCUGCCAGCCGAGCGGCGCGGGCGCGGGCGCCGGGCGAGCCAUGGCCAACGCGGGGCUGCAGCUCCUGGGCUUCCUGCUGGCCUUCCUGGGCUGGGUGGGCUCCAUCGUCAGCACGGCGCUGCCCCAGUGGAAGAUCUACUCGUACGCCGGCGACAACAUCGUGACGGCCCAGGCCAUCUACGAGGGGCUGUGGAUGUCCUGCGUGUCGCAGAGCACCGGGCAGAUUCAGUGCAAGGUCUUCGACUCGCUGCUGAAUCUGAACAGUACUUUGCAAGCAACCCGUGCUUUGAUGGUGAUUGGUAUCCUGCUGGGACUUAUAGCCAUCUUUGUGGCCACUAUUGGCAUGAAGUGUAUGAAGUGCAUGGAAGACGAUGAGGUGCAGAAGAUGCGGAUGGCUGUCAUUGGGGGAGUGAUAUUUCUUAUUGCAGGUCUGGCUGUUUUAGUUGCCACAGCAUGGUAUGGCAAUAGAAUUGUUCAAGAUUUUUAUGACCCUAUGACCCCGGUCAAUGCCAGGUAUGAAUUUGGUCAGGCUCUCUUCACUGGCUGGGCUGCUGCCUCUCUCUGCCUUCUGGGAGGUGCCCUGCUUUGCUGCUCCUGUCCCCGAAAAACAACAUCUUACCCAACACCACGGCCCUAUCCAAAACCUGCGCCUUCCAGUGGGAAAGACUACGUGUGACAUGGAAGCAAAAGGAGAUGACGUUGUUGACACAAAGAGGAAAUGGACAUCGAAAUACUGUUAUUGACAUUAAGACCUCAGACUCUUGACUUUUGUAGUCUGAACUGUGGUAUUGCAAACAACAGACAAAUGCAAAAACAAAACAAAAAACAUAUUUUUUUAAAAUAUGCAUCGCUAAAAAUGCCUUAGUCUCAUUUUAUCUCCUUUCCUCAAUAUGGGAGGGAAGUCUUUUCCAUUUUUGUUACUGUUUCCCACCGAGUAAUCAUCUCAAACAUGGGGAGGGGGAGCUCCUUAAAUAUAUAUAUAGAUAUGUACAUAUACAUGUUUUUCUAUAAAAAGUUAGAUAGCAAAAACUCUUAUCAUUAUGUUGGUACCAGGAUACUUAAAAUAUAUCUAAAAUAGAAAAAAAUAUUUAAUUCUAUAUUGAUUAAAAAAGCAGUUUAUUGGCAUAUUUCCCUUCUUCUAUAUGGACAUAUAUAAUAGGUCAAAUAUAAUUUUCCAUCUUUCAUCAGCUGUUAGUGUCUUCGACAAAAGACCUAACCUGCUUUACCAAGUAUGAGGUUUUUCACUUCUUCAUGUGCUUCUUUUAUAUUAUUUUUAUUACAACCUUAUAGCAUGUGCUUUCAUCGUUCUUCGUGCUUUUUUUUAUGAGGCUGAGCUUAAAUCUUGAAUGUGAUAACACAUUUCAUAUGCCUACGAUAUCAUUCCUGGGGUCAGGAAGAGUCUCUUAUAAAUCAGAGCUUUGGGAGCAUGUCUUUCUGCAAGACCAGAUGAUCUAUUCUUGUUGACCUUCCCACACGCUUUCUGUACUCUGACCUACAAGGCUCUUAUUUGCUUUGAAAAUAUUUGUCUGAUUGACUUGCUGUGUGCUGCUUUCCCAGGUGUUGUAACACAAUUUUAUUGAUUGAAUUUUUAAGCUACUUAUCCACAGUUGUAUAUCCCUGCAAACUAUCUUUUCUCCCCCACCCCCCCUCCACUGUAUUGUUCUCUCAUAUGUAAUUAUCGUAUAGUUUACCUCUUUCUAGAGAAAAAAAUGGCUCACGUGUCUGUUUGUCUGAAUGAAGUACUAGACUUCCUGUAGUGAUAAUCUGAUGACAAGUAUUCUCUCUCAGGCUGUAAGCGAGUCACUUAAUCUUUCUCCUCUUUUCCCAUCUGUCAAAUUGAGAUAAUGAUACUUAACCAUCUGGUAGAGGCGGUGUGAGUAUUAAUUAGUUGAUAUUAUGCUCAUUCUUUGAACAUGAACUAUGCGUAAGUAGUGUUUUUAUUUGCUCAAUUGGCUGUUAAGUCACUGAAUCAAACCUAUGCACAUAUUUUUAUAUCGUUCAGCACCUUCCUUUCUUCAGUGGCCUAUUUCCUUUCUCUGAGCUGUGUCCAGCCUAGCUCUUGGUUCUCUGCUCCAUUUGAACAAUUGCUCUUAGUUUUCCUAUCUGAGAAAUUGCUACUUCACUUGAGCAAGAUGAUGUAAUGGAAAGGUGUUGGCUUUGGUGUCUGGAGACCUGCUUUGAGUCUUGGUGCUAUCAAUUACUGUGUGAGUUUGGGCAAGGCACUUGGCUGCCCUAGAUUUAUUGUCUCAUCUGUAAAAAGGGGAUUGUAAUUCUGGACCUGCCUACCUCACAGGGCUGUUGUGGGGAUCCGGUAAGAUGCAAUACAUGUAAAUGUCAUUUUAUAAGGUUAAAAAAUAAAAAGUAUACUGUAUGGAGGAAAGGGUUAAGGAUUUAAGUGCAUCAGUUUGGGAUUACUUUUCAAAUCCCCGAAAAGAGAGAAGUUCUAAGAAAUGGGUUUCUUGCCUUAAUCUCUCAUGUGAUGGAAGACUAAAGUGAAAUACAGCUUACUAAAUGAAAAAAAUUCUAAGGAAAUCUUAGUUUCUUCAAUCAGUAUGGCCUGAUGCUUUUUGUGGCUAAGCUUUUCUCCUUUCAGUAAUGCAGACUUGACCUAGGACAAGUUUGCAGGUGUAAUGGGUAAAACAGAAGUGUAAGCAUCAGCAAAGCCAAAGUAUAGAAGUUUUUUUUUUUUUUGAAUUAUAAUAAUUUGAAGGGUAUACAAGGUGAGUUUCUGUUAAGUGAUGCUAUCAGAGUUGUAGCUAUUAGCUGGCAGUUAGCACCUCUCAAAUAGGUAGUUUGGGAAUAGUAAUUCAUAGUGAACCCACAUCGGGGGAGUUAUCCAAAGGACUGCAUCAUGUGAUGAUAAGAACCAGUAAAUUUUAGUAUGUCUACCGAACCUGAGACUGUAUGUACCUAGAAGGUAUAAUUCAAACAGCCUUUGCUUCAUACAAAGCUUCUAAUGAUGUCUGAGUAUAAAUGCAUGGUGGCUACUAGUUGCUAAGCUCUACAGAGAAAUUGAUAGUCCAAAAUGGCCAACAGAAUUGUUACACCAGAAUUUAUCCAAUUUUGAUAUUUUUGUACUCUGCUUCUGUGCCUGGAAACAGACAAAUAGAUAUUUUGGAGUUUUGUAAUGGGAAUUUGUAUAAAGCAUUACUCUUUUUCAAUAAAUUGUGUUUUUUUUUAA